CUCCGUGCCUCCCCUGCGCCAGACACGCUCGGGUGGAUUUUCAGGUUAAACCCGGUGCAAAAUGGACCCGAGGAGCUCGGUCGUUUGUGACUCAGAUGUACUUGAGCAUAAACUACUCCUCUUGGAAGGCAGCGGGUUGUUUCGGAGUGGCACAGAAGCAAUGGGACAGUAGCAGUCAGAGGACAUGCAUGGGCCCUCAGCAGCAGAGAGCUGCAGAGCAAACAGCCUCCUCUACCAAGGAGCCUCUGUCACCCCAAACUGCAGAAUUGAUUUCACCGAUAGUUAUUUCACAGAUGAUUGAUGAGAAUAAAUCAAAAGGAAUCUGCCCUGCUUUGCCUCUGCACUCCACGUGUCCCCAGCCCACUGCUUGGCACAUGAAGCAGUCUUUGGGUAGCCAUGGUCCAGCCAACCUUGACAGAACAUUGGUGGCACUGCCCAGCAGAUUAAAAAUCCAGGCACCUCCAGGUGACACCACUUUGUCCUUGGACUCUGCUGUGGCAGCAAAAAAACAGUGUCCAAACCAGCAGAAAGGCUUUGCCUCCAUAACUAUUACAGCCAGGCGUGUUGCUAUGGGUUUCAGGAGCCCAAAGUUUGGAGCUGGGACCCUGCAAGAGCCCAAGAAUUUGUCCCCCACCUCAAGCAAGGUCCUUGGUGACCUCCAGCGCUGGCAUCCCCCGGGCCAAGCAACCCAAAGUGCUGCUGUAUUCAGGAUUUCUGAAUCUUGCUCACAAACAGCUCUUAAGCCCCAAAAGCAGCUUUUUGACCCUGGAAAGAAGGAGAACAGCUUGAGUCAUCCAAGUAGUGAUGGGAAAGAGAAAGUGCCACCUUCCUUCAUCUCCUGUGUCCACCUUCAGGUAUCUCAUCAGUGUCCCAGCACCAUCUAUUAUUUGGACAAAUCUCUCAACGUCUGCAUUGACCAACCUCGAAUUAAAUGCCAAAAAAUUCACAGGUCGACGUUGUCCUUCACUAUAAAUUGCAGUUCGUCGAGAUUAACAGCAGAUGGAGUAGAUGGCAUAGCUAAUGGGGAACCAAUCGAGGAGAGAUGUCACACAAAGCUCCUAGGAGCAAAGCAGGCUCCACUCUGCUCAAACUUCAGGGCAAACUUCAGAGAAAAUAAUAUUGUUAAUAAAGUGAAACGACUGGAAGGCUCUUUGGGUAGUAAAUACCCUUGGCAAAGUGUCUUUGUCUCAGAACUUCCAGCAGUUGUGGAUAUGCCUAGAGGACCUAAUAACUCAGAACUGAUGAGGAAAGGUGAUGAGAAGCAGUCUGGCAGCCAUCUCACUGUGUUUGCUCUCCAGCUUCUUGAUUCAAGUGAUGAGCCAGGAACACAAAUGCUGUUGGGAAGACAGAAGCAGCAGUGCCCCAUGGGCAGGAGCAGUGCAAUGGCCUCUGGCUCUCCUCCAGACACAGCAUCCAGAAAUGUGACUGAUGCUGCUCCUGACUGCUCCCUGAAAGAGAGAGAUCUCUGCAAAGGCACCUCCAAACCCAAAGAGAACGAAGCACAGCAUGUCCUGAACCCAAAAAUCUUCAUCUUCAGUAGUAUGUGCAAUAAAAAAGCUUCACCAAGGAGCCUCUUGGAAGAAAAUGUUCACAGGCAAAACCAGCUCCUAAAAAGUGAUUAUGAAUUCUGUGGCUCGAGUGACAAAAUGCAGGAGCCCCAGGAGGAGGAGAGGCAGGAACCAGCCAGCAGGAUGGGGCUGCCCAGAACUCUCCUGCCAGAUGUUCCUGGGGAGAUCAGCUCCACAUCCAUCCUGCCAGAACUGGGCUCCCAGCCUGGGCAGACUCCACCAGCCCCACAGACACUGCAGGAAGCACUAGAAACCCAUAAACCUGAGUUCAUCUCUCGCUCCCAAGAAAGGCUGAGGAAGCUCCAGCAGAUGGUCCAGGAGAGGAAAGCCCAGCAGAGGGAUGCUCCCACCAGCAACCCAGGAGCUCUUGUUCACAAGCUCUCCUCAACAUCCUGCUCCAGCAAAAAAAGGCAAUACACCAUUCCCCACCCUCUCAGUGAUAACCUCUUCAAACCAAAGGAAAGAUUCAUUCCAGAGAAGGAGAUGCACAUGAGAUCCAAAAGGAUUUAUGACAAUUUACCUGAAGUCAAAAAGAAGCAAGAAGAAAAACAGAAAAGGAUCAUCAUCCAGAGUAACAGGCUGCGUGUGGAGAAGUUUAAAAAGCAAUUACUGGACCAGCUCCUUCAAAGAAACACAGAGUGACAAAGGAUUCUCUUGUCCAUCACC